AUGUUAACUGCAGCUUUGAGAUCAGACAAAUCUACCUCUGAGCCACCGCUUCUUAUAGCUUUCAGUGAAAAAGUGCCGUCGGGUUUGUUUGCAAGCUUGAACUUCUGAAAUUCGCUUCCGAUUGGUACACGAAAUUCAGUGGGAUGUUUUUCUUCACCGUACAGAAGGGGGUAAUACUGCAUAAACUGGAACGCUUCUUUUAACGAAAUUUGUCCACUUCUUUCGAAAGUGACCAGUUUUCCCGCUCUUUUAAUCGCUUCUUCCGUUACUGCCUUUGGUGAACCUUUCUUUAAUUGUUCCCAUUUUUCUUUUAUUUUUUCCUCCACUACUUUUCUGUCAAGGUACUUUUGGACUACAUCUCUGUCUGUUGACGCGGGGUUAACGACUGUCUUUUUGUUUAAGUUCCCUCCAAUUACUUCUCUGUCAAGAGCCUCUUCGAUCGUCUUAUCGUUGGGGUCUUUGACUGUUUUUUGGAUUAACUCAUGUGACACAUCUGAAAGCUCAGUGGACAGACCAUUAUUCUGCAGUUUAACUCUAGCGCGAAGUCCCCAGGUAUGAGCUACAGGAUUCAGAAGGACGAAAGCGGCUGUGAAAAGCAAGUUCACCACUCCAACCCCCAUGCUUGAGAGACUUUCUUAAAAAUACAAGGAAGAAUCAAAUCUGUAUAGAGGGGUAUGUGGAAUACAUCGCAUAUUACUCAAUAAUGUUAAGGCAUGGCCUAUGCAUGCUUUGAACUUUAGCGCUCUGCCGGCUUCAAACUUAGACGUAUCGUACUCCCAUAGGUGCCUUGACUAUCACCUACUCAUAUAGGCACCCUUGACUAUGGUCAUAUAGGCGUCCUUGACUAUGACCUACUCAUAUAGGUACCCUUGACUGUAACCAUAUAGUCGUCCUUGACCUACUGGUAGAAUAUUAAUUACCGGUAGAUGAUCCUUGUGGUCGCCAUUUUUAAUAAGCUGAAAUUAGAGGAUUUGCAUGGGAAAAAUAUGCAUGGUGGGUACUUGUGUCCCAGAACUGUCAAUUUCCCUCAACUCACAAAUUCUAAAGUUGACACAAUUUUAAAAAUGACAUCAAGUUUAAUGUCUUCCCUAACGACAACGUCUAGGUAAAUGUUAUUUUAGGUUAUAACUUCUUAAAGGAUUUUUUGUAAUUUAUAGGCUUUGAGUCAUACCUUCCUUAACAUACUUGAGAGCACACCGAAAUGUAGUCUGUUCACAGACCCUCUAUUUUCUCUUUAGAGAUGGUCGAGCGCGCGUAUGAGAAUUAAACUCGCUGGGUAUUUAUUGAGUGAAAAUAACUAUUCAUUGGCAGUAGGUGUAAUUGAACUGUUGCCCUUAUCAUCAGCUUUGUGCUUGAGAUGGAAAUUAAACUCCUUUAUUACAUAAACCUGUGCCAGAUACGCAAUCUAUUCCACCAUUUAGAAGUAGUCACCAAAAAUUUAACAAAAAUUUGAAACUAAAUGUUUACUUACUUAAGGAGAAAUUAACUAACAAAGCAAAUACAAAAGAAAACUCUGUUGUGAGAAAAUAAAAUAUAAUAAAAUGACAUGAAAGACAACGGAUUAAACCCGUCCAUUUUAUAGUAAUGAUCUGCAUGAGACAGCUACUAAAAUAACUGACCUGAUAAAAUCAAUUGCAGAUAAACAUGCACCAAUUAGGCAAUUGUCCCAAAAGAAACAGAAACUGUGUACUAAGCCGUGGAUAACUAACGGUAUUCUUAAAUCAAUCAAAACUAAGCAUCUCAAAAAUUAAACGUAAUAAUAGAGCUUACACUAAUAAGGGUGCGAUUGCCGAUCAAUUUAAUAAGCAUUUCGUCAAUGUGGGUCAAAACCUGGCCAAAAGAAUUGAAAAUUGUGAUGGAAGCCCGACCCAAUUUAUACGAUCGACACCAGUAGCUAGCUUUGUUAUGUCCUGUGUUACUGAAACCCAAGUAUGUUCACUAUUUAAAGGUUUAAAUGAUCAUAAGUCAUCCUUAGAUAUUCCUAAUAGAUUAAUUAAAAUAGCUGCCCAGCCUUUGUCAUAACCCUUAACAUAUAUCUAUAACCAGUCUAUUGAAACUGGAAUUGUUCCUGAUAUUUUAAAAGUCUCACAACUUUUCCCAGUGUAUAAGGGUGGUGAUGCUACAGACCUUAGCAACUAUCGGCCCAUAGCAACUCUCUCACCUUUUAGUAAAGUGCUCCAGCGUCUAGUCUAUAAUCAGUUAUAUUCGUUCAUAGAUAAACAUCAAAUCUUGUACAAAUAUCAGUUUGGAUUUAGGAAAGGAUAUUCCACUGAACAAGCUAUUCUUGAAAUUACUGACAAUCUGAAGCUAACUACUGACAAAGGUCAAAUAACAUGUGGUUUGUUUCUCGACCUAUCAAAGGCAUUUGACACAUGAAAUCAUAAAAUACUGCUCUCUAAACUAUAUCUGUAUGGAAUUCGGGGUACACCACAUAAUUGGUUUGAAAGUUAUUUGCACAAUCAAAGACAAUAUGUUAAAAUUGACUCUACUAAAUCUGGCUAUGAAAAUGUUACCUGCGGUAUACCCCAAGGCUCGACUCUAGGUCCUCUUUUAUUUUUGCUCUAUGUGAACGACUUACCAAACUGUGUCGACAAACUUUCGGUGCGGAGCUUUGCUGAUGACACCAAUUUAUUUUACUCUGGCGGCAACUUAAAACAGCUUGAAUCCGUAAUGAAUCAAGAGCUUAAACAAAUUUAUAACUAUUGUGCUAUAAAUAAGUUAUCUAUUAACACUGCAAAGACCAAUUACAUGUUAGUCUCAUCAUCUAGGUGCCAGCCAAAGAUAAAUAUCACUGGUAUUGAACAGAAAGAUUACAUAAAGUAAUUCGGAGUUUAUAUAGAUAAACAUCUCAGUUGGCAACCACAGAUACAACAUAUAAAUAAUAAAUUAGCUAAAAAUUUAGGAAUCCUUUCAAAACUAAGAUAUUACAUAGAUCUGAAUAUACUGAAACAAAUUUAUUAUGCUUUAAUAUAUCCCUAUUUGAGUUACGGUAUUCUUGCUUGGUGCUGUGCCAGCAAAACCAGAUUACAUUGUCUUCGUAUUAAACAUAAUAAAUGUCUCCGCACCGUCUUCUUUGUACAUCCUAGAGAGAGUGCUGCUCCCUAUCUUAAACUCCUAACAAUCCUUAAAUAAGAUAAUAUAUAUAAAUUGAAAAUAUGUUGCUUUAUACAUAGAAUGAGAAAUGAGACUGAGAGCAUUCCAGAUAUUUUCCUUGAUGUCCUGACUCCAGCAUCGCGUGUACACAAUCAUAAUACAAGAUUUUUCAGUAAUCUGAACUAUUUUAGGCCAAGAGUAUCCACCAACUUAGGUAAGACGUCCUUUAAAUUCUCCGCUCCAAAAAUCUGGGCGACUGUACCGCCUGGUCUCAAGUGUCUGCCAUAUCACAAGUUUAAGAAAGAAUGGAAGUUCUGUCUUCUAACCAACCAAAUCUGA